UUCAGUGUAACUAGAUGCGUUCGUUGUAACCUGUUUUUCUGCUGCUGCUGAUGCUGUGGAUGGAUGUUGCAGUGUGACCGUGAAAAAAACAGCACUAGACAUCCAGUGGCUUUUAGACCCAGCUAACUCAGCCUCUACACAGAGUACAUCAGGAUUACCAUCUGAAGAUGCGUUAUAAUUAGCCUGGAGAAAUCAUCAGCAUCGUCUGUUGCGGUCUAACACAAAGACGGACGCACUGCUUGGAUUUAUUAUAGGAGAGACAAACUGAACAUCACCGAAACGGAUACAUAAACACGAUGUCGUCGGAAAAACACGGACUGGAGGAAGCAGCCGGGCGACAGGCUAUGUCUCAGCCCAUGAUGCAGAUGGCUCCACCUCCAUAUCUGCCCACCCAGGACCCCAACAUGCCCCCACAUCCCCCUCCACCGGGCUGUGCCCCGCAGCCAAAUUACCCUCCUCCACCUCCUCCUCCGGGAUCUGAUGGAUAUCUGCAGGAAACACAAUUCCACUCCGGGACCCUUGGGCCCCAGGGAGCUCCGAAUGGAUACCCAGUGCAGACACACGGACCAGUGGGCACCGUCCCACACCCUCCUGUGGGCUAUUUACAUCCAGGAUACCCCCUUCAACUGCAGCCCUGCACAGCCUAUGUGCCUGUUUAUCCUAUAGGCACAGGGGCUCAGCCUUACAUGCCGAAUGGUGCGCCUCAUCCAGGUGUUGCCCCAGGCCAGAUGGCCAUGCAUAUGCCAAACGGCAUUGCUCUGAUGGAGUCUCGUCGUCCUCCUCAUGAUUACCUGCCCAUCGCCGUCCUCACCACCGUCUGCUGCUUCUGGCCCACAGGAAUAAUCGCCAUCAUCAAAGCUGUGCAGGUUCGUACCGCCAUUGCUCGAGGUGACAUGGUUACAGCCGAGAUUGCCUCACGCGAAGCACGUAACUUCUCCUUUAUCAGUCUGGCGGUGGGAAUCGCCUCUAUUGUGCUCUGCACCAUUCUCACCGUGGUGGUCAUCAUCGCCUCUCAGCACCAUGACGACGACUGGGAGCCCUAGAAACCCUCCCUUUCCAACCCUCCAGACCCCGGGCCACCAUUCCAGUCGGUAUUCUGCUUUUUCUGUCACACAGCACAGUUCAAAUGGCUCCAGCCACCACAUCCUUAUCUGCAGUUGAAAACACGCUUCUACAGCCAUUUGCCAAUGUAUUAGUUAGAAGAUAUUAUGAUGGUGUGGUAAAUCCAAGUGUGGGGAACAACACGUCUACUGUGGUUUAAGACUCACUCAGCAUUAUUCUACACGAACACUCCCUGUUUCUCCUCAACAAAAGCCCAUCUUAGAUCAGUAGUUUAAAAGUAUGAAAGACUGUGUUAUCGUUUGAUAUUACAUUUUGCCAAAAAUAUUGCUUCGUAAAAGAACACGAGAUUGUGUUUUUUUUUAUGUAAAAUAACAUUCCAUUUAUUAUUUGUGCAAUUGAUCUGUUUAGAAUUAAAAAAGUCGAGAUAUUUGUUUGUACAGUAGGUUGAAUUGGCAAAUUCAGUCUUUGAAAGUGUGGAGAAUUUGUGUUUUCUAUACAGUAAGUAUUGAGAAGUGUCAAAUAAUCUAUUGAAUCAUUCAAAAGACUAAUGUGAGAAUUGUAAAACUGCUACUGGGUGAAUCAAUUCCAAUACAUUUCAGAUGGAAUUUUGUAUUUUAGUUUACCCAAAUGAACUUCUAUGGUGUAGUUCAUAAAACUAUAUAUCAGUAUUGUUCACUCGUUGGUUUCUUUACUCAAACCAAUGCCAGAAGUUCACUCUACGCAGUAUGCAAGCACAGAUGCAAAUGCUUGGACAAUUUUGUCAGUUUAGUCAAAUAUUUAAUUUAGCUGAAAAUCGAAACAGAAAGUAACUGAACUGGUUUGGAUUUUCCAAGAGUUUCAUAAACCAGCAUAGUAAAUUUAUUGUCAAGAUGCCAUCUAGCAAUAUUUCACCCCAAAAAAAAUAUAUUCUGCUAGGCUGGCAUAAUCUUUGGUAACUGAACUUCAUCCAAUCUGUCAAUUAUUUUGACUUUCAAUAUAUAGGCAUUGUCCCAUUGUCUUGACACAGAAUCGACUUCUUUAAUAAAUUUUAACCGUAAUGUAGUUGCAGUUACACAAGGCAGCUACACAAUUACGCUUAAAUAUUUUAAGCCAUUCCAUUAAAUGAGGCAUUAUUGGUGUAGCUAGCUAUACAAAUCAUGAAAGUUUAACUAGGGUAAGUUUACAUGAUAACAUUUGUAACCAAAACAUUCAACAUUAAUGGAGUACAAAUGAGACAUUUAUUGUCUCUACCCUAAAAUAUCAAAUGAAUGAUUUUGUAAAAACAGCGAUGUCAUGUUUGUUAGUUUUAAUGUACAUCUUUAGUCUAAAGACUUGCUUAAAUACUUGAUAAACAAUGGCGCCAACUACUGGAUUGUCAUGAAUAAUAGGGAUGUCCCGAUCAGGUUUUUGCCCUCGAGUCCUAGUCAUUUGAUUUUGAGUAUAUACCGAUACCAAAACCCAAUUCGAUACUUCUAUAAUACAUUAAAAAAAGAAUAAAGAAGAGCGAAGAAACAGAUCCAGGAUGUUUCUUAUUUUAUAUUUAAUUCAGCUUAUUUUAACAUUCAACAACUCUGUUAACAAACAGAGCACUUCUGUGAGGUAGCUUGAACAAUCCAGUAAUAAAUUACAUCAAUUCUUCACUUUUGGACUUUAGUACAACAGUAAAUAUAAAAUAAUCUAAUAUAAAAUCAAAUUACAUCUCAACUUAAAACACGCGGCAGGCAAUCCCAAGUUUACAUAUCUCACAGUUUGCUAUGGCAAUGUUGGCAUCAUCAACUUUAUAAUACCUCCAGACAGCAGACAUACUCGCGCUUUCUGCUUUAAGCUGUCUCCGUGUUCUACUUUGCCAGCAUUUAACCAAUAGCGUCUCUGCAACAAAGUGAUGUCAUGCCGCACACAUUGUUGUUUCAGUGUGAAGUCAAGAAAGAGGUCUAACUCUGUGCCACCACAUAACUAUAGAUGUGUUAAAAAAUAAUGAGAAUAUAUAUAAAAUAAAGAAAAUUAAUAUAUAUUUGAGUCCUGAUCGGGAGGUAACGUCUGAUUCCGAUCAAGUCUGAAACAGCAUGAUCAGGCCUGAUUUCCGAUCAUGUGAUCAUAUCUGGACAUUCCUAAAAAAUAAUGCAGCAUUUUGGUAAUUUGCGCAGAUUUGUGAGUAGGGAGUAGGGUUUUAACUUCUCAUAUAUGCAAAGGAAAGUUUAAGCUUUUGUCAUUGUCAUGUAAACGUACCCUGACUUUAAAGAACUGCACCCCUUGUGGCAACACAGAGAAUGCAGCAUGUUUCCUUUUCAUUAUUGCAAUUCAGAGAAAAUCGCUAAAAGCAUCUGCGUUCGUAUACCCGAGUAGAGUUUAUCCAAGGCAUGCGUGUUCCCAAGUGUCUUGUUUGCAAACUGUCCUUGAAUCAGCACAGUUAAGAGUUGUUGAAGGAAUGUAUUAUAGGGCGAAGUUGUUUCAUUACUGGCUUAUUCGAUGAGUGUUGUGAUCUAGUGUAUUAUUUAAUAUUUAAACGCUAAAUUAUUCAUUUGUGUAAUAAACUGAUAGUUCUAUAUUUAUUGAAGUAUGUAAUCAUAGGUCUAACUGUUGUGCUGAAGUAAUUGUUAUCUUUCCUAGAUAACAGUCACAGAUGAUUGCUCAGCUGGCAUAUUUUGAUGACGCAUGUGGUAAAAUGCACUUUUAUGCUCAGUAAGCAAGUAGCUAGUUUGUCUCACUUCUUUGUAGAUGAGAGUGUAACUUGCUUCAAGUUCUGACCUCAUUGAAACUCCUCACAUGCUGCUGUCGGUUUGCUGUAGUUUGUUAGGUAAUCGCAUUUAGCACAGUGGGUUGGCCAAAAAAAAGGAACAAAUGAUCCAAGAGUGUUCUUGAAUAUAAGAUAUAUAUAUAUAUUACGCUAAAACAUGGAUGCAAUGUUCUCAGUUUUAUGACUCCAGUAUGGAAUUAAUCUCUUUCUGCUUUCAGAUGCAUCCGUUUGUGCCAUUCGCUGACUGUCCAAAAUCCUGUCAUAAUGUUUUUCUUAAAAAAAUCUGCAUUCUGUUGAGCAUAAUAGGGGAAAUUUUGCAAAAUAAGAAAGUAAUAAUCUACACUACCUGACAAAAGUCUUGUUGUCGAUCCUAGUUGUAAGAUCAACAAAUAAUAACUUGUGGCAGAAGGUAGAUUUUUCCGGUGAAUCAUCUGUUGACCUGCAUCCCAAUCAUCACAAAUACUGCAGAACACCUAUUGGAACCCGCAUGGACCCAAUAUUCUCUCAAAAAUCAGUCAAGUUUAGUGAAGGAAAAAUGAUGGUUUGGGUUACAUUCAGUAUGGGGGUGAGCGAGAAAUCUGCAGAGUGGAUGGCAAUAUCAACAGCCUGAGGUAUCAAGACAUUUGUGCUGCCCAUUAUAUUAAAAACCACAGGAGAGGGUAAAUUCUUCAGCAGGAUAGCGCUCCUGUUUAUAUUUUAACCUCUACAUCAAAGUUCCUGAAAGCAAAGAAGGUCAAGGUGCUCCAGGAUUGGCCAGCCCAGUCACCAGACAUGAACAUUAUUGAGCAAGA